AUAAUCCAGAAAUAACAUGAAAAUAACUCAGGAAUACUCUGCGAUGCACAUAGAGCUACGUCAAUACUCGACACAGAAAAUUUUUUGUAAUUUCAAUUGAUCAAUAUGUAAUUAUUCGCCAAAAAAUAAAAAAAAAAAUUUCGUGCAUCGUAAUUUUGUCUUCUCGUAUGGACGUGAAUAAAUUUUCCCAUAAAGAAGUCAAACCCAAAUAAAUUAAGGGAAUUGGAAUACCUCUCGUAGUUCCAUUUUCACACUAUCGACGAUUCCCAACUGUCAGCAAACCCAUAAAAAUAACUCUUUUUGACUUUUUCGCCUCCGAUCAUGGCUAUAACCACAGCAGCCAAAACAAGAAAACCAGAACUUUUCCUCCCAACCAUGAAACCUAAGCCCCCCUUUCUCCUCCUCCUCCUCCUCCUCCUCCUCUCUGUCUCCCCCAACUCCAACGCCGAGACCCAAGCCGACGCACUUCUGCAAUGGAAGUCCACUCUCCUCAACCCUACCUCCCUCCCCUCCUGGUCUACCUCCCACUCCUCUUCCCUCUGCAGCUGGCAAGGCGUCACCUGCAACUCCGGCGGCCGCAUAACCGCCUUAAAUCUCUCCAACCUCGGCCUCAACGGCACUCUCGACGCAUUCAAUUUCUCAUCUUUAACCAGUCUCACCCUGCUAAAUCUCAACAAUAACCUCCUCUCCGGCUCCAUUCCUUCCAACAUCUCCGCUCUUUCUAAUCUCACCUUCCUUGAUCUCAGCGGUAACAGUUUCACCACCCUGCCGCCGGAGAUCGGUAGCCUUUCGAAGCUAUACGACCUCCUGCUCUUCAAUAACAAUCUCGUUGACGCCAUCCCUUACCAGCUCAGCCAUCUUAGUAAGAUUCGUCAUCUUGACAUCGGAUCCAAUUACCUCACCAACCCUGAUUACUCCAAGUUUCAGGCCAUGCCUUCGCUCCUCAAACUAUCACUUUCACUCAACAAUCUGAAUGGACAAUUCCCUGCCUUCAUCCUAAACUCCACCAAUCUCACCUUUCUCGAUCUGUCCCAAAACUAUUUCUCUGGUCCAAUACCGGAUUCAAUUGCAACACACCUGAUUAAUCUGGAGCAAUUGAAUCUAAGCGUCAACAAUUUCAGAGGAGAAAUCCCAGUUUCCCUGACAAAGCUCCCUAAGCUGCGAGAACUCCGCCUCGGAUCGAACCUUCUGACGGGAGGAAUUGAUCCGGCCAUUGGUACCAUCUCCAAUCUCCAGGUUCUGGAGCUCCAAAACAACUCUCUCGGCGGCACGAUCCCUUCAACUAUCGGCAAACUCAGAAUGCUAGAGCAUCUCGACUUAAAUUUGGCGAAUUUGAAAUCCACCAUCCCUUCCGAGCUCGGCUAUUGUACAAACCUGUCAUAUAUAAAUCUCUCCGACAACCAACUUACCGGGGGCCUGCCGCUGUCUUUCUCAAAUCUUACCAAGAUGAUGGAUUUCGGGAUAUCGGGAAACUUGCUCUCCGGCGAGAUAUCACCGGAUUUGUUCACCAGCUGGUCCCAACUUGUUUCAUUUCAGGUUCAAGAUAAUAACUUUCAUGGGAAUAUUCCGCCAGAGAUUGGGCUGGCCACCAAUAUGACCUACUUGUUUCUCUACAACAACAAAUUUACAGGUUCAAUCCCAGAGGAGAUUGGCAAUUUGAUCAACUUGAUUAAGUUGGAUAUGUCCGAGAAUUUGCUCACUGGACCAAUCCCGAAAACAAUUGGGAAUCUGAAAAAUCUGAUUUCUCUAAGCCUAUUCAUCAAUAAUCUCAACGGUGUCAUUCCGGCAGAGAUCGGAUCCAUGACGGCAUUGCAGUCUUUUGACAUCAACACCAACCGAUUUGAAGGCGAGCUCCCCAGCACCAUCUCCCGGCUUGAGAAUCUGCAGCUGUUCUCCGUUUUCACCAACAACCUCUCCGGCCAUGUCCCCGGGGAUUUUGGCCAGAACAGCUCGUUGAUAACUGUUAGUUUUUCAAACAACAGCUUCUCCGGCGAGCUCUCCCCGCAGCUCUGCAGCAGCCUGAAACUCCAGACCUUGACUCUAAACAUUAACAACUUCUCCGGCCAUUUACCUUCUUGCCUCCGAAACUGCACAGACCUCACGCGGCUGCGCCUGGAGGGGAACCAUUUCGUCGGAGAUAUAUCUCAGUCCUUUGGGGUUCAUCCGGCACUCGAUUACCUGGAUCUCACUGGCAAUCUGUUAACCGGCACGCUCUCGCCUGACUGGGGGCAAUGCAAGAGCCUCACCUACCUUCACAUCGAAGGGAACAGCAUCUCCGGUGAAAUUCCAGCCGAAUUUGGAGAAAUCAGCAAGCUACAAGAUCUUAACCUGGCUUCCAACUACUUGACAGGGCCGAUCCCGCCUGAAUUGGGAAAAUUGAGCUUGUUGUUUAAGCUCAACUUGAGCAAUAAUCUGCUCUCCGGCAACAUUCCUAAACAGAUCGGCAGCCUUACCAAGCUCGAGUAUCUCGAUCUCUCAGAAAACAAACUCACCGGCGAAAUAACCCCAGAUAUCGGCAAUCUAGGCCGCCUUUUGCUGUUGGGAGUGAGAGGAAACGAGUUAUCGGGAUCGAUACCAUACCAGCUCGGCAACCUCGGUGCCCUGCAGAUUUUGUUAGAUCUCAGCAGUAACUCGCUCACAGGAACCAUCCCUUCCAAUUUGGCAAAACUGACGGCUCUUCAGAGUCUCAACGUCUCGCAUAACUUCCUCUCCGGCGAGAUUCCUAAGGAUUUAUCCGGCAUGCUGAGCCUGUCAUCGGCGGACUUCUCCUACAACAACUUUACCGGCCCUAUUCCCGUCGGACCUGCUGCUUUUCUCAACAACUCUUCAUUCGUCGGCAACUCAAUGCUCUGUGGAAACUUGACCGGCUUGCCUUCUUGCAGUGCCUCUGGAUUCGGAUAUCGAAAGACUGACAAACAUAGAAAGCUUAUCGUUGCCAUUGUCAUCCCGACAGCAGUAUUACUUCUUCUAGCCAUAGUCACAGCAGCGCUUAUUUUAGUUUUCUGCAAGAAGAGGGAGAAGGAGGUGUCUGACAUGGGAAGCAUGAGUGCGGAGAACGGCACUGAACCGACUUCGUUGAUAUGGGAAAGAGAAGGCAAGUUUUCAUUCUACGACAUCAUGAACGCUACUGACAACUUCGCCGACGUUUUCCUCAUCGGCGAAGGGACCUUCGGAAGAGUGUACAAGGCAGAUCUUUCUUUCGGACAGGUGGUCGCGGUGAAGCGCCUCUACAUGGGAGACCCCGGCAACAUCCCAGACAUCAAUAACGAAAGCAGAGCUCUGACGGAGGUGCGGCACCGUAACAUAGUAAAACUCCAUGGAUAUUGCUCGAGAAAAGGGGCGAUGUACCUCGUGUACGAGUAUUUGGAAAGGGGGAGUUUGGGAAAGGUUUUGUAUGGGGAUGAAGGUGCCAAGAAGCUGGAUUGGGCGAGAAGGGUGAAGAUCGUUCAGGGUAUAGCUCAUGCCCUAGCUUACCUCCACCAUGAUUGCAAUCCACCGGUCGUCCACCGCGACAUCUCGUUGAAUAACAUUUUGCUGGACUCCGAUUUCGAGCCGCGGAUCUCUGAUUUCGGAACGGCGAAGUUGCUCGAUCCUGAAUCCACGAACUGGACAGCAGUCGCAGGAUCAUACGGUUACAUGGCACCUGAGCUUGCUUACACGAUGAAGGUGACGGAGAAAUGCGACGUGUAUAGCUUCGGAGUAGUGACACUGGAGGUGAUGAUGGGAAAGCAUCCGGGAGAGCUCUUAUCGUCCCUGCUGCCAUUGUUGCCGGCGAGGGAAGGUAAUAAUAACGUACUGGUCAAGGAGGUGUUGGAUCAGAGGUUGACGCCGCCGACCGGUCAAUUAGCGGAGGAGGUGGUUUUUAUAAUAAAGAUGGCUCUUGCGUGCGCGCGAACCGAAUCGGGUUCGCGGCCGGAGAUGCGGUUCGUUGCGCAGGAGCUAUCGGCGCGGAGCCUGUCUUACCUACCCGAGCCAUUGGGUGCCAUUAAGAUUAGCAAAUUGCUGAGUUUUCAGAAAUGAAAGGAACUGGAACUGUGGCUCGUAUCAUUCUUUGUGGUCAAAGAAGUGUACGAAACUUGCGUAAGCUAAUUAAUUUGUUCUGACAUGUCUUAGAUAAAUGUCUAUAGUAUUUUUGACAUUUUGAAGCAAUAAUAGUAGGAGAAUUUUAUAGUGGAAAUUAAACGAUGGCAUGUUCGUGGUAGUGCAACAUAUUAAAUGAUUUUCUU